GAAGAACAACAUUUUGAUAAGCUUUCCAUCAGCGACCAGACCUUACAAUCACAUUAGCUAGAGUGGGAGGGACUAAAGUCACUCUCCAACUUCCCCACAGGGUGGAGUCUGUGCAGAAGUGAUUUGGAUUUUUCACCCCGAGGUCUGUUAGAUAAAUCAGCAAGGAUCCUGCCAGCUGGGGACUCCAUUGUGAUCCUAGGUGAGAACAACUUGCAAUGGAGCCCUCACCUCUUGAGUUACCUGCUGACACAGUGCAACGCAUUGCAGCUCAACUUGGAUGUCACCCAACAGAUGAGAAGGUUGCACUUCACCUUGAUAAGGAAGAUACACUGAGGCACUUCAGAGAGCAUUUCUACAUCCCCAAAAUGCAGGACCUGCCUCCAAUUGAUUUAUCUUUAGUGAAAAAGGAUGAAAAUGCCAUCUAUUUCUUAGGAAAUUCUCUUGGACUUCAACCAAAAAUGGUUAAAACAUAUCUGGAAGAAGAGCUAGAAAAGUGGGCCAAAAUGGGAGCCUAUGGUCAUGAAGUAGGGAAACGUCCUUGGAUUACAGGAGAUGAGAGCAUUUUAGGCCUUAUGAGUGAUAUUGUAGGAGCCAAUGAGAAAGAAAUAGCCCUAAUGAAUGGGUUGACUGUUAAUCUACAUCUUCUACUGUUAUCAUUUUUUAAGCCUACACCAAAACGGUAUAAAAUCCUUCUAGAAGCUAAAGCCUUCCCAUCAGAUCAUUAUGCUAUUGAGUCACAGCUUCAACUGCAUGGACUUAAUGUUGAGAAAAGUAUGCGGAUUAUAAAGCCAAGAGAGGGUGAAGAAACUUGGAGACUAGAGGACAUCCUUGAAAUAAUUGAGAAGGAAGGAGACUCCAUUGCAGUGAUCCUCUUCAGUGGGCUGCAUUUUUACACAGGGCAGCUCUUUAAUAUACCUGCCAUUACGAAAGCUGGACAAGCUAAGGGUUGUUUUGUUGGCUUUGAUCUAGCACAUGCAGCUGGAAAUGUUGAGCUCCACUUACAUGACUGGGGAGUUGAUUUCGCCUGCUGGUGUUCCUACAAGUAUUUAAAUUCAGGAGCAGGAGGUCUGGCUGGUGCCUUUGUCCAUGAAAAGCAUGCUGAUACAAUAAAACCUGCGUUGGUGGGAUGGUUUGGCCAUGAGCUCAGCACCAGAUUUAAAAUGGAUAACAAACUACAGUUAAUCCCUGGGGUAAAUGGAUUCCGACUUUCAAAUCCUCCCAUUUUAUUGGUCUGUUCCUUACAUGCUAGUUUAGAGAUCUUUAGGCAAGCAACUAUGAAGGCAUUGAGGAGAAAAUCUAUUUUGCUAACUGGUUAUCUGGAAUAUUUGAUCAAGCAUUACCAUAGCAAAGAUAAAGCAGAAACUAAGAAACCACUUGUGAACAUAAUAACUCCAUCCUGUAUAGAAGAUCGGGGCUGCCAGCUAACACUAACAUUUUCUUCUCCAAUGAAAGAUGUUUUCCAAGAACUAGAAAAAAGAGGAGUGGUGUGUGAUAAACGAGAACCAAAUGGCAUUCGAGUGGCUCCCGUUCCUCUCUACAAUUCUUUCCAUGAUGUUUAUAAAUUUAUCAGUCUGCUUGCUUCUGCACUUGACUCUGCAGAAAAAAAAAAUUAGCAGCCUUUUCUAGGAUAAUUUAAUCAAAUUGCACUGAAAGCUGCUGUAGUCUAUUGUUAUUCAAUUUCUAAUAAAAUUCAAUAUUUCAAAAUUUAUUUUACAUAACUAAGGAUUUACUGCAUAGGUUACAGAAAGAUAUUAUAAUUUUUUUGAAUCUGUGACCAUGAGGAAUCCACAUAGCUGUCUACUUUCUUCAUGUUUGGGAAUCAAAGACUAUAUUGGUCUAAGUGUAUGCACAGUCUCUGUUAACUGUCACCAUGUCAUGAUUAAUGAAAUUUUUAUGUUGAUUUUAUUUAUAAUUUGACUGACAACUUCAUAAUGUACAUGCAAUUUUUGUGUCAAUUUUAGAAGUUUAGAAGCUUUAGCUUUCAUUUACUGAAGAGCUCCUUUUAGGCAUUUUAGUUGAAUAGUCUGACAUAUGUAUACUUUUGCAAUGAUCCAUUCAACUCCAAUCUAGGGAAUGAGAAAUACAUUUUUUAAAAACUCAGUUUUAUUGAGAUAUAUUCACAUACCAUACAAUCAUCCACAGUUUACAAGCAGUUGUUCACAGUACCAUCUUAUAGUUGUGCAUUCAUCACCCCAAUCAA